UAUGAAGAGAUGUAUUCAAGUAUUAAUAAUAAUCUAAAUGAUAAAUGAUGAUUCGUUAUCUUAUUAAUGUUUCUUAUCUAAUAUUUCCGGUCAUUAAAUAAAUUUAUACGAUUAAAUAUCAAGUUUUACGAAAGACAAGAUAGUCGGCAACAUUUCGUUAAACGUUCUGCCUGUCUCUGAUAAACCUGUUCCUUCUCUAGUUGUUUGAAUUUCGCAGAUUUUUUUAAAUUCUCCAAAAAAUUCCAUAAGAAACAUAUAAAUAGAUACAUACACAUAUAUAUUCAGGAAGCAUAUAUAAAGUUGUUCGACAGCUGAUUCUGUUAGUUUUAAAAGAACGUCGGUCAUUAAAACGUUCUCCUUGAGUUCUACUUCGAAAGGAGUAUCACCUUUGAUUACGUGAAAACUAUUUUAAGGUAUUCCUUUUACGGCGAAGGAUUAAAAAUAAAGGAAAAAUCAAAAAAUAUACGUAUAUAUAAAUAAAUAAAAGAAAAAGGAGACAAGGGAAAGAAAAGAAUAUUCCGUCAUGCUUGGAUAUUCGAUUGACAUAAAUCAUUUCAUUACCAUAUUAUUUUUAUCAUUAAUUACACUAUUUUUGUACUCAAAAUAUAAAUUAUCAUAUUGGAAUAGACUCGGAGUGAAAUGUCCACCGAUUCACUUGAUAUUUGGUAACUUCAAGGACAUCAUAAUGUUUAAAAAUCCAGCAGGAGUGGUACUUCAAAAUAUAUAUAAUUUUGGCGACCGUGACGACGACCCAUACAUCGGUUUCUACAUUUUCCAUAAGCCAGCUCUGAUGAUUAGAGAUGUGAGGCUAAUAAAACAAAUUCUGGUGAAGGAUUUUAACGUGUUUUCCGAUCGAAUAUUCGGAGGAAAGAAAGAAAAGGAUUCGGUUGGUUUAAUUAAUCUUCUUGGCAUCAAUCAACCAAAAUGGAAAUACCUGAGAACUAAGAUAACACCUACUUUAACGGGACAAAAGUUGAAGAAAAUGAUUCCAUUGAUAUUAAAAUGUUGUAAUCCAAUGUUGGAAUAUAUCGACAAUAAACUAGCGAAUGCUGAUGAUUUGAAUGAGUUCGAGUUGAAAAUUUUAAGUUCGAAAUAUACUACAGAUGUUAUCUCAUCGUUGGCUUUCGGUAUAACGACUAAUUCAUUCAACGAAAAUGAUACUGCAUUUUGGAAAGCAGGACAGAAGAUAUUGACUGGAACAAAGCGUGGUAUUAUCCUCAUAAUACUUUUCUUCUUACCAGAAAUUAUGACUUUUAUUGAACCAUUUAGCAAAAAGCCAGCUGAAUUCUUUCGUCGUGUAUUUUGGGACUCUAUGAACACUCGUGAAAAAAUUGGUUAUAAGAGAGAAGAUCUAAUAGAUUCUUUAUUAACUUUGAAGAAAGGAGAACAGAUAUCUAACUUUAAGUUCGAAGGUGAUAAUCUAUUGGCCCAAGCAGUUGCUUUCUAUAUUGCCGGCUUUGAAGCAUCUUCGUCGGUUAUUACAUUUGCUCUUUACGAGUUAGCCACUCAUCCAGAAUACGAAGAACGUUUGUAUAAUGAGAUAAAAAAAUUCAUUAAAAAUGACGAAAUUACGAUAGAGGCCUUAAACGAGAUGACCUUCUUGGAUGCUGUAUUAGAAGAAACUUUGAGACUUUAUCCUCCUUUGCCAGUAAUUGAUAGGAAUACCUUAAGAGAUUAUAAGCUGCCUGGGACGGAUUUGACAAUAAAGGAAGGUACACCUGUUUAUAUUUCUCUUAAUGGCAUUAACACAGACAGCAAGUACUUUUCUAAUCCAAUUCAGUUCAAUCCUUUGAGAGAGAAAGACGAAAAAUACAAUUCUAUUGGUUGUCUUGCUUUUGGUAUUGGGCCAAGAUCAUGCGUUGGUCAGAGACUAGGAAUUUUAAUAACAAAGAUAGCAGUGGUCACAUUGGUCAUGCAUUAUAAAAUGACUCUCAACCAUAAUAAGCAAAAUGUAUUUAGUCCUUUAACUGUAUUCACGAAUCCGGCGAGUGGAGUACACGUGCAUUUAAAAAGACGUACGAAUAAAGAUAGUUAAUAUGAUCUUCUUAUAAAUCUGUAUUUUUUUUCUUCAAAUAGUUCUUCUUCAAAAUCGUUGACAAGAAAGAUAUACAAUAAUGUAUAUACUACAAUAGAACGCUAUUCUCUCUCUCUCUCUCUCUCUCUCUCUCUCUCUCUCUCUCUCUCUCUCUCUCUCUUUCUCUCUCUCUCUCUUUCAAUCUCUCUAAAUCAGAGUGUAUAUAUUAUACGCGAAUAGUUAAUUAUUAAAAUAGCGAGAUAUAAGAUUCGACGUUACGAGAUAAGAUAUUUAUCGAUAAAAUUGUUACUCUCAUGAUAAAACCGAUUCUUCGACUUGCGUUAUUUAUUUAGAUAUGAUAGUUAGCAUUUAAGCGAUUUAUUUUCUCUAAAGAUUGAUCGAUUGAUCAAUAUCUCUUUUUUUCAAUUAUUAUCGGCAUAUAUAUGUAGCAUAUUGUAUUUAAACGACAUAUAUAUAUUUUUAUAAAUAUACUAUAACAGAACAUUACAAAACAACAAGCGUCAUGACAGCGUUUCGUCUCGCUAUUGACUUCGAUCGUAGUGUACACUAAUAACAAUAUAUAUAUAUAACAUAAGUUAACGUCAUUUUUUUUCUUUCUUUCUUUUUUUUUUUUUUUUUUUUCUUUUUUAAAUAUAGCUAACUAACGAUUAUUUUACAGAUUCCUAUUACCUAAUUUACGAAAAGGAUAGUACAAAAUUGGCUAGUUUGUAGAUGCAAAGAUAUAAAUUUUCAUUGUAUAUCGUUUAACGAUUGACAUUCUUGUGCGUGUUCGUCCUGUUCAAUCUCAGUUAAAUGAGGUAGUUCAGCUUUUGUAGCUAAUUGCAAUGCAUGCAUCCAUCUGGAAACAUUUUAUAAAUUUUAUUUUUUUGUGUUUUUAAAUUAACUAAUUAAUGUUAUUUUUCGAUAUCGACAAUAUUAUUAGAUACGUACUUUUCUUUGUCGUUUUCGGAAGAAGCUUGCAGAUAAUAACAUUUCCUAGAGUGAUGCAUUUUAAAUGCUCUUAUACGAUCCUUGCUACUUAAAGGAUCCUCGUCUGUUAACAUUGCACCGUCCGUUACCAUAAAACCUGGCAUAGGUGUUGCUGUCAUGGCCAUACUCUCUGUUUCUGAUUUAAAAGAAUAUAAAACAAAGUCGAUAUGCAACGCAAACCAUCGUCUGGUCCAAGGUUUGCUUGCUUGGGUUUUUAAUAAAAGAUAACCAGACAAUACUGAUGAUGCACUUGCUGAAACUUGCAACAAGCUUGGCACUGGUCCUGACGGAGACGACGGAGAUUUGCUAAGAGGUUGAGUUAGAGCAGCGUGACAUAGUCUACAUACUCUCAUAUUCUUAUUGUCUUCAAAUAAUAACUUUUGAUUUGAACAUUUACUACAAACAACCUGUAACAACAAUAAUUUUGUAUAUAAAUUAAAAAAAAAAAAAAUGAUAGAUAUAUGUAGAUAUACGUGAUUAUAUACGGAUCGAUGAUGUAAUUUUUGUACAAUACAACUUACAAUUCCACAUGCUCUACAA